AUGAUUGAACUGGGCCUCGCUGAUGGCAGCCUGAUCGAUGAGCUGAUGGAGCUGACGGCUCAGAGCCUCGGCCACCUGGAGAUCCAGGAGCACUUCAACAUCAUCAAGGAGAUUGGCAGAGGGAAAUACGGCAAAGUGCUGCUGGUCACACAUCGCUUCAGGGGGACGCCCAUGGCCUUGAAAGUGAUGCCCAAAGCCUCAACUAAGCUGCAGGGCUUUCUGCGAGAGUACUGCAUCUCCUUACACCUGUCCUGCCACCCCUGCAUCGUGGGCCUCUUUGGCAUUGCCUUCCAGUCUAAUGAACACUACUGCUUCGCACAGGAGCUUGUCAUUGGGAGGGACUUGUUUGCUGUCAUCCAGCCAAAGGUGGGUAUUCCAGAGUCUUCGGUAAAACGCUGUGUCCUCCAGAUCGCCAGUGCUUUGGAGUUCAUCCACAGCCAUGGUCUGGUCCAUCGUGACGUCAAGCCUGAGAACAUCCUCCUGCUGGACAGUCAUUGCUGCCAGGUCAAGCUGGCAGACUUUGGCCUGGCCCAGAAGAGAGGCACCAUGAUACGAUUCAUCACAGGAACCCUGCCCUACAUGGCCCCAGAGCUUUGUAGCGUGGCCCUGCAGGAGGGUCAGCAAGAAGCGUCUGCCCCUCCACUUAGCGUGGAGCCGAGCCUGGACACCUGGGCUUUUGGAGUGGUUAUCUUCUGCAUCCUCACGGGCUACUUCCCCUGGGAGCGCUGCAUGGACUCAGAUGACUUCUACCAGGAGUUUGCUGACUGGUGCAGAAUGGAGGAGAGGCCCAACACUGAAGAGGACGUCCCUCCUCUGUGGAAAAGGUUCACCCCAGAAGCCAUGGAGAUGUUUGGUAAGCUCCUGGAUUUGGAUGCAGGGAAGAGGUGUACAGUGGGGGAAGUGAGAGCCUAUGUGGAGAAGGACUGGCUGAAGAAGGCACCUGAGAGCGAGCAGCAGCAAACCACAGAAAAAGAAUAA